GGGCACAAUCGCCAAUUUCGCGAGUCCGUCACUGCGUUCACCGAUGCCCUCCUCGCCGCGUCACCUACUAUCCCCGGACUCGACCAAACGGUCGUAAUGCCCGCCCGCAGACUGCACUUUACGCUCGGCGUCAUGUCGCUCAACUCCCAGGACUCCGCUCGUACUCUGGCUGCAGCUGUUGCGCUCCUGCAAAGCGUCAGGCCUAAGAUCCUGGAGGUUUUGAGAGGCAAGAAACUCAAGGUCUCUCUGGACAGAGUGGACAUCAUGCCACCCGAGCGGGGUGAUCAGGAGCGCGCCCACGUCAUGUGGUUCGGACCCGCAGACACGGCGGGCGGAGAGACCUUCAGGGCAGUCGCCAACCUUGUACACAAGGCGUUCAAGGAUUCUGGGUUGUUGGUUGAUGAGAAUCGCCCGCUCAAGGUAUGUGAUCUGGUUGCGGAAACGCGCAAAUCACUCUUGCACUGCACGAUCGUCAACACCAUCUACCGCAAACCUCGACCUAAAGAACGUAUCCCAUUUUCAUACCCUUCAAUCCUGGCGUCCACUGCGCUCCGAGCGAGACUGGCCAACGCGGGCACCUCGACCUCGUCCCAGAGAGGACCGAUCGCCGUGGACUUUGGCACAUGGGAAGUGAACGAGUUGCAGAUCUGCGAGAUGGGUAGUUGGGGGCCUGAGGGAGAGUACGUUGCUGCUGCUCGUGUGUCCCUGUCAUGA